CACAUUUCUGAAGCGAACGCACGACUUCCCAGCGUGAAAAGUCACAAAUGUGCGAAUCACAUUUUGAAAGAAACGAGAUCAAGACACAAAGCUCAUAGAAGAAGAGAAAAAAAAACUAUAAACAAAUCAUAUUUACACUUUUACAUUAUACAAUACGAAAUAUUUGCAGUAAAUUCAAUAUAAGUUUUAAACGAGCAUUUAGUUUACAAAUUGAAUUUGUGGCAUCAAGCAAUUAUUUUGCGCAAAAACAAGUUAAAUAAAAAAUAAAGUGUUUGAUUUGAGAAAACAAGUGAGAGUGUGUGAAGUAAUUUUGCGACAGCGAAACAAAAACGAAUCAACUGGGCAUUGAGCAUCGUUUUUAUUGUUCAUUUUGAAACAAUUUGAGAUCAAAGCGAGUUAAAAAUGGCUCCAAAAGAACGAAACAUUGCAAUGAUGGGCUACAGAUCAGUGGGAAAAUCGUCGCUCAGUAUUCAAUUUGUGCAGGGCCAAUUUGUUGAUUCGUACGAUCCAACAAUCGAAAAUACCUUUACAAAAGUAACACGUAUCAAUUCCACGGAUUACGAAAUCAAAUUAGUUGACACAGCUGGACAGGAUGAGUACAGUAUAUUUCCAACGCAAUAUAGCAUGGAUUUUCAUGGAUAUGUAUUAGUCUAUUCGAUAACCAGCCAAAAAUCAUUUGAGGUCAUACAAAUCAUUUAUGAAAAAUUAUUGGAUGUGAUGGGAAAAGCACAUGUACCUGUUGUAUUGGUUGGCAAUAAAACGGAUUUGCAUCAAGAACGUUCCGUUUCAUAUGAGGAAGGUAAAAAAUUGGCUGAAUCGUGGCGCGCAACGUUUUUGGAAACCUCUGCCAAACAGAAUGAAUCUGUGGCGGAUAUAUUUCAUUCGAUAGUUUUGCAAGUUGAACGAGAGAAUGGAAAUACUCAGGAAAAGAGUGGAUGUUGCAUUUCUUGAACGUUGUUUGUUUUGAAUUCGUUCAUUGUAAACCCUCUAGAGUAAAAAUUUUCUUUUUAAAAUAAGCUGUAAAUUUGGUCGAUUUUACAUUCGUACAAUUCCAUCCUAUGCGAAAACACACAGACAUAUAAACACACACACAAAUAGAUACUUAUAGAGGAAACAGCUAACCAAAUCACUAAAACACUGAAGGAAGGACUGAUAUCGCUUUUUCUUACCACAGCGACACACAAACACACUCGGUUUUGAUACGCUCAAAACAGUUUUUCAUUCGAGAAAAAAAAAAUUAUAGAAAAAAUAGAGAAAAAACCAGAAAAAAGUCUUUCUAAAUUUACCGCAAUCGCGGUUUAAUUUUAUAUAUGCAAUCUAUUUUUUAUCGUUUUAUAUAAAUGAAUUUUAUUUUAAUGAAGUUUUUUUUUAUUUUGAAAAGUGUCAAAACAUAGUGGAAAACUACCGUUUUAAAAUGGUAAAAAAAAAGAAUGAAACUAAUAAGAUAGACUUUUUAAUUAAGUUGAAACAGAAACAAAAUCUUUUCAUAAGUUGUGUAAUAUAAAAAAAUUAAAUAAAUUUUUAUUUCGGAAAAUUAA